UUGUAUGCCCCGCAUCACGUAAAGCGGCCGCCAUGUUGUUCGAUAAAAUGGCGGUAGCUUUAUCGUUGAAACAAUCUUUAUGUACAAAUAAAUAGAAUUUCAUAUAUACUAGCUGAACACACAUGGCGGCCAGCACCGCAGGAAAAGCCUUUUCGGCGCUCGGAGUUGUCUUUCAACCGAGAAUCAACUCGAGAUACACACAAUUGUUAUGCCCGUUGUUACAAGUACGUGAGUAUGCAGCUCGCAAGAGUACCCGAGAGAGGAAGGAAAAAUUGAAGAAGAAAAAGAAGGUGGUGGAGGUAAAGAAGAUCGGAUGGAUUCCGCAGAAUUUACGUGUUAAAAAAUCACAGGCUCUGGCCCUUAAUACUGUCAAAAGAAUUGACUUAAAUAAGACAACGACAGGUGAUGAUGUAUGGUUGCAGAAAUAUCACCAAUUUAAGGUUUAUCCCUUCGAGGAGGCAGUGCAAUGCCACAGGGAAACACAUCAUCCCACACGCUAUAAUAUGCCCAAUGCUUAUAUCAAUGCUUUCAUCGAACUCGACAUGACUGGAGACAAGAAGCCGAUUGAGCCUUUCUCACGUACAGUCAACAUCCCUUGUCCUUUCGAUCAUGGAGAGUACAGGACAGUCGUCGCUUUUUGCAAGGCUCCAGAAUUGGCGGACAUGGCUGACAAAGCUGGAGCCACUCUCAGUGGAGGUAUUGAUCUGAUAGCCAAAUUUCAGACAGGAGAAAUACCAGUAGGUGAUUUUCAUAGUUUCGUGGCUCAUCCUGACAUCCUUACGGAGCUCUCUGUCAUUAGGGGGUUGAUGAAGAGGAAAUUUCCUAAUCCUCGUACAGGUACUUUGGGAUUAGAUUUGCCUGCGCUGAUUCAUAAAAUUCUCCAUGGAAUCAAAUACAGUGCAGUUCUCCACGAGAGACAACCAAAAUUUGCAACAAUAACCGCCCCCAUUGGCACACUUGCAAUGGACUCGAAAGAGCUCGAACAGAACUUCGAAGCAGUAAUCCAAGACGUCAAUAAAAUGAAACCCAAAGGAGACGGCCCAUUUUUGUGGAGAACAAGUCUAAUGAGUGCGGUAACACAAGAAGCAUUAAAAGUCGACUUUGAGCAAUAUUUCGAACAGGCCACAAAGACCGAUGACCAAAGUGAUGACUCAGAUGAUGAGGAAGAGGCAUCGAUUCGCGCUUAGCUUAGUAAUCAUUUCUUCCUCAACAUGAAUAAAUAAAACAAAAAGCCAAAUAACCUAAAUAAA